ACCUUUCACCUUAUACCUUAUACCUUUUACCUUUCAUAAUUUGUAGUACUUACCACGCAACACAUUUCUUUAAAAGAUGAAUGCACCGGAGCGUUUCGAAAUGUUUAUGAUCCCCGAGGGGGCGCGCAAAAUCGACAUAAUAAAGGAUUCAAAAAUGGCCAACUGCCUUCAAUUCAAUAUCCAGCGCGAAGACCACACAAUCGCCAAUAUCCUCCGGUACCGGCUCCUGAAUCACCCACAUGUGCUUUUUGUUGCAUACCGCGUUCCGCAUCCACUAGAAUACUACGUUGAGUUGAAGGUGCAGACGUCGGCUCGUACGACGCCGCUGGAUGUCGUGAAGGAGGCGAUCCAGUCGCUGAUGCUGGAGUACGGGAAUAUUCGGAGUGCCUUUGAUAAUGAACUGUUCAGAUUGGAGGCGUCGACGGAGGGGAGGCGUGGGGCCCAGAGGUAUGGGUUUGGUGCGAUGGAUACGGGCGCGUCAGAGUUUGGCGCCGCAGGGGAUAUGGGCGGCAGAGGCGACCGGGCAGACGAUGUGGAUAUUGACUUUUAAAAGAGAAUGGACA